CCUGCUACAGCUAUUGCCAGGGGGUGGGUGUGCCCAGCUUGGCAGGUGAGCCCGUCCUUCUGGCUGGAGCUGUUCAGAGGGCAGCAGGCCCCUGGAGGAGGUGGGAGGCCUCGUCUUGCCUACCUGGACCACAUUGCCAGGGGCCAGGCCGGCCGCCAGGAGGCCCCUCUGAAGACCCGGGGCCAGUCCCCACCCAGCCAACUACUUGAACAGUCUGUGGUGGCCUCACCCCCCUUGUUUGCUGUCACUCCUGUUCCCAGAGUGCUGCCCUCCCCCAGAGUGGGGAGGAAGUACCUUGUGCAGUCAGUUUUGGGGACAGGAAGCAAGCACUGAUGGGACUUAGACUUGCUGGUGGAGGAGGGGGAGAGGCAGGAAACCGUGACAUUGCCUACCACCUGCCAGCCCCUGCCCGCCUGGUCUCCAUCCAGCAAGGGCCUGUGAGGCACCCGAACGGCCUGCCUUCUGGGAGCUGCGCUGCUGAAGACUGUGGCGGGUCUCCAGCCCUCCUUCCUGUGAUAUGGCCCUGACUGUGGAUGUGGCGGGGCCUGGGCCCUGGGGCUUCCGGAUCACUGGGGGCAGGGAUUUCCACACUCCCAUCAUGGUGACCAAGGUAACUGAGAGGGGCAAGGCUGAGGCUGCUGACCUCCGGCCCGGUGACAUUAUCCUGGCCAUCAACGGGGAGAGUGCUGAGGGUAUGCUUCACGCGGAGGCGCAAAGCAAGAUCCGCCAGAGCCCCUCACCCCUGCGGCUGCGGCUAGACCGGUCUCGGGCUGCUUCCCCUGGGCAGACCAAUGGGGAAGGCUCUGUGGAAGUGCUGGCGACUCGCUUCCAGGGCUCCAUGAGGACGCACACGGACAGCCAGUCCCCCCUGCGGUCUUCCUGCUCCAGCCCCGUGUCCUCCAGCCCCCAGCCAGGCAGCCCCUUCUCUACCCUGUCCCUCAGCAGCCCACACACCCUCCCUGGAGAGGCUGUGGUCAGCCGCAGUUUCCAGAGCCUGGCACACUCCCCGGGACCCACCACUGCUGACCGCGUCUCCUACGGGGGCCGCCCCGGAAACCGCCAGGCCAGCCUCACCCGUGCUGGCGACUCAGCUGUGCUGGUGCUGCCGCCUUCCCCUGGUGCCCGUUCCUCCAGCCCCAGGCUCAGGAAGGGACCCUCACUCCUGGCUGCCUCCUGCCCCUACAGUGUGGACUCAGAAGGGGGAAGCCGCCUUCUGGAAGAGGACUCAGAAGUCUACAAGAUGCUGCAGGAGAAUCGUGAGGCGCGGCUUGCCCCCCGGCAGUCCAGCUCCUUUCGGCUCUUGCAGGAAGCCCUGGAGGCUGAGGAGAGAGGGGGCACACCUGCCUUCCUGCCCAGUCAGCUGAGCCCCCAGUCCUCCCUGCCCACCUCCAGGGCGCUGGCCACCCCACCCAAGCUCCACACGUGCGAGAAGUGCAGCACCAGCAUCGUGAACCACGCUGUCCGCAUCCAGGAGGGGCGCUACCGCCACCCCAGCUGUUACACCUGCGCAGACUGCGGGCUGAACCUGAAGAUGCGCGGGCACUUCUGGGUGGGGGACGAGCUGUACUGUGAGAAGCACGCCCGCCAGCGCUACUCCUCACCCCCCACCCUCAGCUCCGAGGCCUGAGCACCUAGCAGUGCUCUCAGCCGCCCUCAACUUUGUGGGCACCUCUGUGCCAGGGCCAUGCCAACAGCAAGUUGGCCUGGAAGGGCGGUUGGUGGGUGGUGGGCGGGCCCCUUCCUCCAUGCUAGGUGUGGCUAGGUCCUGGGGCCUAUCCUGGGCUGUGCAUGAGGACAGCCUCGCUGUCCCAGGCCUGUGCUAGAAACUCUCACUUCCCCCUGCAGGACAGGCUGUGCACUAACGGCUAAGGUGGGCACCGCACUGGAUAUCCUUGUGCAACAGGGGUUAAGCAGGUUGGGACACAGAGAGAAGUAUGUAGAAAGAGAUGGGUGGUCAGAGGCAAAACGUAUUCACUCUGUAAAGUUUUCAACAUAUGAACUCUAUAAAUAUAUAUACAUGGACAAAACAAA